ACCUCUGGUGCCUGUUCACCAGACACCCGAUCUUGCAGGACCGUCAUUAAAACCUUCCUCCGGCUUUUCUCUUGGUCUCCGUGUCCACUUACUGAAUUUGCACCAGUGAGUGUGUUUCUCACAAUUUGGGGGCUGGUCCGCGAUCCUCUUGCCUGUGCGAGGUGGGGGCCCAAGCGGAGCGGGAAGACACGUCCCCCGGCUUUGGGCGGCCCGCUCUGCCUGGGCGUCUCACCUUCGCACGGUGGCUGAGGGGAGACCCGAGACUGUCGUGCGGAGACAGCGUCAACGACGCAGGGGAGAAAACGCUGGCACCACGGCAACCAGGCAACCUCGUGCACGAGCCAAGGUAGCUCAAACAGAGGCUGAAGAAAGAACGAGGUCUCCUGUGCAGUUCCGACGUGAGCAGCCUCACUAACCGGAACGACCGACGGAUCCGCGGCUCCACCGGCUUCUUUGUGCCGAUACACACAUCCCGUUCCUCUCGGGGACCGCCUAGGUCCGGGGAAGGAUUUUGCGGAAGUACCGGGAACUGUUUGUAAGGUUCCGGCUGCCCGGCAGCUGAGAGCUUCUUCGGCUCCGUAAGCGCCCAUUUCUCCUGCAGUUUCGGAGAAGAAGCGGCAGUGAUGGCUCCGGUGUCUGGUUCGCGCAGCCCGGAGCGGGAGGCCUCGGGCUUCGGGGGGAAACGUCGCAGUUCGUUGAGGAGCCCCAAGGCCAGUAAAGCAGCCCGGUCCCCGCGGGGCCGCCGCUCGCGCUCGCGUUCUUGCUCUCGGUCGGGAGACCGGAAUGGCCUCCGCCAAGGCUCCCGAAACCAGUCCUAUCGCUCCCGCUCGCGGUCACGCUCUCGAGAGCAGCCCUCUGCGCCACGGGGCACCCCCUUCGCCUCUGCCUCCUCGUCCGCCUAUUACAGCAGCUACUCGCGCCCCUGCGGGGGCGACAAGCCGUGGCCUGCUAGGGAGGAGAGCCUGCGGCAGAAGAGAUUAAGUGAGAGAGAGAGGAUUGGAGAAUUGGGAGCUCCUGAAGUAUGGGGACUUUCUCCAAAGAAUCCAGAACCAGACUCUGAUGAAUAUACACCAGUAGAGGAUGAAGAGCCAAAGAAAAGUACCACUUCAUCUUCUACCUCAGAAGAAGAAAAGAAGAAAUCAUCUAGUCAUUCAAAAGAAAGGUCCAAGAAAAGGAGAAAGAAAAACUCAUCUAAAAGAAAACACAAGAAGUACUCUGACGAUAGUGACAGUGACUCUGAUUCUGAAACAGACUCCAGUGAUGAAGAUGCAAAAAAGAGGGCAAAGAAAGUCAAGAAAAAGGGAAAGAAGAAACGCAAAUCGAAGAAAUACAAGAAAAAGAAAUCAAAGAAGAGCAGAAAAGAUUCCAGUGAUUCAAGCUCUAAAGAUUCUCAAGAAGAGUUUCUGGAGUAUCCCUGGAAGGACCGAUCAAAGCCUGGAGAACCCUCAGAUUUAAUUGGCCCAGAGGCUCCAAAAACACUUGCCUCCCAAGAUGAUAAACCUCUGAACUAUGGCCAUGCCCUACUACCUGGUGAAGGUGCAGCUAUGGCUGAAUAUGUGAAAGCUGGAAAACGUAUCCCACGAAGAGGUGAAAUUGGCUUGACAAGUGAAGAAAUUGCAUCAUUUGAGUGCUUGGGCUAUGUAAUGAGUGGUAGCAGGCAUCGCCGAAUGGAGGCUGUGCGACUGCGGAAAGAAAACCAGAUCUAUAGUGCUGAUGAGAAGAGAGCCCUGGCAUCCUUUAACCAAGAAGAGAGGCGAAAGAGAGAAAACAAGAUUCUGGCCAGUUUUCGAGAGAUGGUAUACAGAAAAACUAAAGGGAAAGAUAACAAAUAAGGAUUUUCUAAUUGUUCAGCAGACAUUUUUAAUAACAA